AUGGUGCGCAUGAACGUUCUCGCAGAUGCUCUGAAGUGCAUCAAUAAUGCUGAAAAGCGUGGGAAACGCCAGGUCCUCAUCAGGCCCUGUUCCAAGGUCAUUGUGCGCUUCCUAACCGUCAUGAUGAAGCACGGGUACAUUGGCGAGUUUGAGAUUAUUGAUGACCAUAGAGCCGGGAAAAUCGUCGUCAAUCUCACAGGAAGGCUGAACAAGUGUGGCGUGAUCAGUCCACGUUUUGAUCUUCAGCUCAAGGAUCUGGAGAAGUGGCAGAACAACCUUCUGCCCUCAAGACAGUUUGGAUACAUUGUACUGACCACCUCAGCUGGCAUCAUGGACCAUGAAGAGGCCAGACGGAAACAUACAGGAGGCAAAAUCCUUGGAUUCUUUUUCUAA